GGUGGCGCCUCUUAUAACGGGGAGCUGUCCCGGUGCUGAAGAGAGAGACGCCAGGACUGGGAUGCGACUCGCAGGCGCAGAUCAGCGCUAAAUCACGGCAGGUUCAAAGUACUGCUGAGGACCCAGUGAACAGCUGAGAUUUGUUAUACAGCAACUCGGUAAACAUAAUGCUCAUGUUGUGAUUGUUGCCUUGUCAGUUCUAGGCAACAUGACGUUACCGCUCCCCAAGAUGCAUGUGGCUGCGGCUUUCCUGCUGCUUGCCGCUCUUCGCCACACGUGCAGCGUGCAGGGCGCCUCCCUGUGGCAGUCGAAACCCCGAGGCAGUGGGGCAGAGGGCAGCCACGGCCGGCCCUACCUGGUUCCGAGCACUGAUAUGGUUAAGGCUCUGGAGUACAUCGAAAGCCUCCGGCAGCAGACACGUGGGGACGAUUGGCCCGCCACCGACUACAGUGACCUGGAGCGGUUCCGCUCACUGCCGCUCGCCACCGCGUCCGAGCCAGAGGAGCCGAGCCAGGACGCCGCUGCCAGCUGGCAGGACGAUCGCUCGCAGCAGUGGCUUAAGGUGCUGCUGAAGACUCUCCAGCAGGCAGGCAACGAGCCAAAGGCCACGGCGGCUCUCACCAGCCCACGGCAGGCAUACGGCGACAGGCCACGCCCUGAAGAUGACACCGACGACAGACCGGCGGCCGACGAGGGCGACUAUGAGGGUGCGCCGUGGUCUGAGCAUCAAAAGCUGCCCAAGAAAUACCCUCUGAUGUUUGAGGAUGAAGACUCCCGGGAGAGUCCUUACAAACGCACAAACGAGAACGUGGAGGAGCAGUACACUCCUCAGAGCCUGGCCACCCUGCAGUCUGUCUUCGAGGAGCUGGGAAAGAUGUCUGGCCCCAAGACUAAUAAGAGGCACAGCAUGGACGAUGAGCUGAGGCUCUACAGGGGUGAUGAUGACGAUGAUAUCUACAGGGUAAACAACAUGGCAUAUGAGGACGUGACCGGGGGUGAGGACUGGACCCCAGUGGAGGAGAAAGUGGAGACAGAAGAGGAGGUGAAAGGUAGCCGGGAGGAGUUUGACAGGGGGUCAGAUGAGAAUGACGGCAACAGCAUGAAACGUUCCAGCAUGUCGGGGAAAUACGACGAACAGGAAGAGCCAGAUGAUGUCACCAAACUAGUGGAUUACUACUUGCUGAAGAUCCUGGAAAAGACUGAGCAAACAGAGAACAAGAGGGACAGAGUGGAAGAGCAAAACCCAUUUUCGUACAACAUAAACCCCCAAGCCAUCUACAGGCUGAUUGACAUCUCCCGGAAAUUACAAAUUCCCCCCGAGGACCUCAUAGAUAUGCUGAAGAAUGGGGAGAUAAAAACACAAGACAAAAGGCCGGAAGCUGAGGAAUAUGCAGACCUGGACAGGGCGGAGGAGCGGCUAGCUAGGAUCGCAUCUUCCCACAAAGACAUGACUCCCACCGCUAAGUUCUACAGCAGAAAAAAGCCAGAGAUCCUGCCAAAUGACUUUCCUGAUGACUUGAACACAGAAGAUAUAUUAAAAAUUCUUGGGCUGGAAAGUCUGGCCAAUCAGAAAGCAAAGUACUUGCUGAAGCAGAAACACAGCAAAAACACCCCCCCUGGAUUGUACUCCCCUAGCGGCAGACAGGGAGAUUUUGUCGGCCCUGAACUGAGCAGCAUCUCUGACAAAAGAAAAUCAGAUUAUGACGAUGCCAUUGAAGAAGAACUCGCAAGUCAUCUUGCAGCCAAGAUGUUAGCGCAGUACCCGAAAAUGCUUAAGAAAAUGGACCUGAAGCGGGCCUCGCGGCCUGCCUCGCAGGAGCAGCAGCAGGCUUUCGAUACCCUGUUGCAGGAUUACUUUGACCAAAUCACACCCGAUAAAAGCCUGCCUUCGAAAAGGUUAUCGGAGGCCGAUGAUGCAGGCGAUUCCAUGCAAGAGCAGGGCCAGGAUGAUGACGUGCUGCUGAAAAUCCUGGAGCACAUGAACCCUGAGACAGCAGAGAAGGAGGAGAGAGACCUUUACGGAAAAGCAGUCGGAGGCAUGUAGCUACCAGGCAUGGAGAUGUGUUUGUUAAAUAUUAUUUUAAUGGGAAAUAAUAUUUUGGAGAGACAAUUAAAUACAAAUGAGAUUAGCUCUUCGUGUGGCUAAUUUCAAGAAACUGUUUACAGAGUCUAAUUUGGUGUAUUAGGGGUUUUAAAUAUUCUAUUCGUUGUAGUUUCAGAGCUUGUGGUAUUUGAAACGUUCUGUGGUUAUAAGGACUAGGUAUUAAUGAGCACUCUAUCUAAUAAAUGUGGCAGUAAUGAGCGGCGGCUGGUGAUUAUUUGCGUAAACACAGAGACGUAUCGGUGUCGGGUUUUCCGAGUCGUGUUUUCCUUAGGGCCAAAAUUUUGUACGUGUAGUCAGUCAUGUGUGUAGUGUAUGGACUCAAUAAAGCAUUCACUGGUAUUAUUUUC